AUGAAUCUUGGUUUCUUCUUGCAGGUAACGUUUAAGGCUGGUGACAAGAAGAACUACUCGUACGACCUACACAUUGAAACAGAGCGUGAGAUAUUUUUGGUUCCUCUGCGGGCAUUCCGAGGCUUAUGCUCCGUGGACCUUCCUCCGGUUAUCCUUCUGGAAACAGCCAUUGUAGGCAAGAGGGGAGAAAAAGUUCUCCUUCUUACUAAUACUGGCAGUGAGGCAUCGAGUGUAUCCCUAUCUGCUUCUCCGCCGUUCGGGGUGGUAUUCUCAUUGGAGUCUCUUCAGUGCGGUAAAUUUGACGCGCCCAUGAAGAUACGAUUUGACGACGGGCGUGAGGAAGUGAGGUACUUGCAAGGGACGGUAGUGGAGGGUAAUGUCAAGCUUUCAACUUCCGCUGUCCAGUUCAACACGACGUUCGUCAACUUGACCUCAGAGCAAAGCAUAUGCAUAGAAAAUGACUCCACCGAGCAUCUACCGUUUUGGUGGUCGUUUGAUCCCUCUUCAAAGCAAGCGCACCUAAAUGCAAACGGCUUGUCGAAAGAUAUCCACUUGGAGCAAAAGGAGAAUCCUGAAAAGAUCACAUCGGGAUCAUUUUCUAUAAAACCAGCAUCUGGCAGGCAAUAUCGUCCUCUUGUGGCGAAAUGCAGGGAAAAAUGUUUAACGCUGCAGCUUAAUGGAGUGGGCACCGGACCGCAGGCCAAGUUCACAAGAGCGGAGCUCAAUUUUGGUGAAAUCGCAGUAUACUCGCAAAAGACUCUGCACGUCGAAAUUGUCAAUACAGGAGACAUCGCUGCUUCGUUUUCCGUGAAACCGUUCGACGGCAUACUACCGCUUGGCACCGAAGUAAGCUUUAGUCCCAGCAGCGGUUGCAUUGCCGUGAACAAGGCUGAAAGGGUAGAAGUUUCGUUCAAGCCAACGUUCGUUGGGGAGUUCGCACUGAAUGUACUCUGGGAUAUUGAGUCGUCUCCCGAAGACAUAACCUUAAGCCUGAAGGGCACAGCAACCCCACCUCGAAUCGAGUGCGAUGUAUCAUCCCUUGAAUUUGGGGUUAUCCCUUUUGGAUUUCAAGAAGUGCGCUCAGUUACAUUGAAAAACACUAGUGAUGCCCAACAGCUGAUCAAGGCGAGAGCGGUAGAACGACUCGAAGAUACACAACAGGAUAUCAAUAUCAACCCAGAAGAAAUAACUAUCCCAGCAGGGGACUCGCGAAAAGUGGACAUUGUCCUACGCCCUUCCAAGGCACAGGAAUACUUGGAAGAGAUCGCUUUUGACCUACCGGGAUUGGUAAACAACUACUUCUUUUUGCCUCUUCGGGGUUCAAGCAAGACUCCGCAAGUUGUUCUAGAACCCGAAUGCACCCUCGAAUUCGAAGAUCUUUACAUAAACACGCAUGCAAGCAAGGCUUUUACAAUCAGGAAUACUUCACGGUUGUCCGCCCAAUUCUCCGUUACAGUAGAGGUGGAAAGUGAUAAUGUAGGCUGCGAAGUGACACCUUUGAAGGGAUUGGUGCCGAUGCUCUCGGCAGUUCCUGUUUUGAUCACGCUUCAGCCUCUCGUCCCUGGAGAGGUUCGGCUCACUUGCUGGGUGAGCAUUGCCGGACUGGACACCCCCUUCAAGCUGCAAGUGCAUGCUUACGCUUCGGGACCAAAGCUCAGAGUUGAGCCAAAGAAUCUUCACUGGGGUAAACUGAGAUGUUUAGACAAAGUGAUUCACGAAGUUGAAGUAACGAACAUAUCGCCAAUUGCAGCCUCCGUCAACUGCUCAGUCCGGAGCAAGCAUCAGUACUUUGGUGUUGAAAAUCCCACGUUCACUUUAGAAGGCGGUGCUUCAGCAGCGAUUCGCAUUGCUGCAGCUUUUGCCGAGGCAAUUUUAGCAACUGGGCAGCUGGUUAUAUCUGUCGCGGAUGGGCAAAGUAUUCUUGUAAAACUCAGAGGCCAGGCUGUUGGCUCGCCAAUCGCUUUGACCGAUUUCGAGCCUUCAAUCGAUUUUCAGCAGGUGUGCACCGGCACAGCCAAAUGUAAAACAUUUACAGUGAUAAACAGAGGCACCAGGCCACGGCACAUCCAUUUUUUUGAUGCAUCAAGGAAUGGACACUCACAACAAGCUAAUGCAGCGCAGCAGAGGUUCCACGUACAACCAAGCGAAUUUAUUGUCUCUCCCGGCAGCACUGUGAAGGUCGUUAUUGAAGCAUUCAGCAUGCUGCCGGGCCGCGCAUCCCAAGCUAUUUAUUGCCAAGAAUCCCUGGGGCCUGGAACGACAGCUAUGCACAUAGCCAGAACCCUUGCUACAGCAGACUUUUUUACCCCCACACUUGCUGCGACACCUUCUUGCUUGGCUUUCAAGUGCAAAGCAAAGGCAACUCCUCCUUUUGAUGUAGACCCAAAGUGCUUUUCUCUUGGUCCUCAAGAUGCCGAAAGUGUCAGCGUAUGUUUUGACGCAUACUACAAUGGCCGCUACUCCUCUCGCGUAAAGGGAUCACUGGAAGUCAGCUUUGGAGAGCACCCUAGGAUCGACGUGAUACCGCUACAAGCGGAAACUGAAUUUCCAAAUAUUGAGCUUGAAGCCACAAUGGUGGACUUUGGUUAUAUAGUAAACGAAACAACGAAGCGGAAGCCACUGCGCAUGAGAAACAGUAGUUGUGUACCAGUACACUACAGCUGGUACUUGACCGAUGAGAGCUCAGUGAAAGAAAUCAAAUGUACAGAGAGAAGUGAGCCUGUGAAUGCAGAAAGGUCAAUGACUCCGAUACAGAAGGUGUUCGACUUUACACAUUUCACAGGGUCAAUUGAACCAGGGGCCUCUGAAACAGUUUAUAUUCGCUACUGGGGCCUGCCUGACAGUGAAGUAUCCGCAGUCGCCCUCUGCAGCAUUGGCCAUGGGCCUGAAUAUCCCGUACGCCUUGUGGGUCGAGCGUCUUCCCCCCGCCUGAAAGUUAACCAGACGGAAUUCGAUUUUGGCGAAGUCCCAUACCUGAAGACUGUCACAGCCGAUGUGGUGUUGGCGAAUAAUGGAUUAGUUGAUCUAGGUUUUGCCGUUGAUUUGGGAGGGGUAAUGAAGGCGUGGACCAUUGACGUUCCCAAGAAACGGGGAAUCGUGAAAGCAAACGAAAAACUGAAAUUGGGUAUUAGGUUCACACCAGGAUUGCCUACGGAUAUCGCUGAGCGUAUAUUUGUGGAGGUAGAUCACUGUGACCCGAUUGUUGUAACAUUGCGUGCGAGAGGCACUUAUCGAUGCCUCCUUAUGGACCUACCACGAACAGCAGACGACGGCGUCUGCGAAGAAUCAAGUCAAAAAGCUAUAUGCAACUCAACAAAUAAUGCUCAUGAUGAGACGCGGUGGCAAAAGGAAGCUGAAAUCGAUCGACAAAAUCUUUGCAAGAUCAUGCUCAACCACUACAAUUCAGUACAUCUGCGCCGAGAACACAAUUGGGCAGAUGUUUUUUCCAUUGCUGCUUCACAAAAGAAGCAUAAUACUGACAAGGCAGCAACUAGGCUACCAUCCACCGCUUCCUCAUCCGUAAGGAUAUCAGGAGUUGUGUACGCCGAUAAACAACCCUUUUUCUAUUGCUUCAACGUCGACGGUGCAUCAACCUGUAUCGUGAGUCAACGGCCUCCGGGAGAGGAGCCAGCAAUUCCCACAACUCCGGGAAAAUAUUUGCUUGAUUUUGGUAGUGUGAUUGUUGGCCAAGCAAAAUCAAAGGCUGUAUCGAUGCGAAAUGCGUCUUCUCGCGCCUUCGGCGUCAAGAUAAACAAGAAGGAUAUAUCGGGGAGUGGAUUUCACGUGGAGCCCGAUUUAUUACGUCAUUUGCAGCCGAAUGAGCAGGCAGCAAUAGAAAUUACAGCCAAAAAGGCAAAAGAAGAAAAUGUGGUCGUACCCCUUCGAGUGCUUGUAUCCAAAAGCCUAACCUACCAGAUCCUGCUAAAAGCCAAAUUCGUGGUGCCCGAUGUCCAGUUUUCAUCAGAGUCACUAGACUUUGGAGGCGUCAGGAAAGGACUUCGUAAGACUAUAAGGUUGAGAAUUCGCAACGAGAAAUCUGUACCAGCUCAAUGGCGUUAUCGAGCGCUUAUCGAUAGCUGCGCCAAGGCCGAACGAGAGGCUUUAGUGUGCUUUACAGUCGAGCCCAAGCAGUCUUUGCUGGAGCCAGGGGAGUGGAUUGAUAUAAAGGUCCACUUCUUCCCCGAAAAAGCGGAUCGGGAUGUCUGUGCUCGAUUGACGUUUUGUGUUGAAAAUAAUCCCAAGUGGAAAUACAUCACGGCAACAGGAACUCCAAAACAUUCGUGCCUAGAAUUCUCCCCGUCCCUUGUGGAUUUUGGUCACACCCUGCCGUUGCACACGUUGCGGCAAGAAGUAAUUAUUCGCAACAACUCCGACGAGCCAUGCGAAGUAUACUCACUGGAUUUCGACGAGCUGUACAAACAAACAAAUGCAAUGCUUCGGGAUUUUGAUGGUUUCGAUGACACGGGAGUUGCUCUGCUUCCUGUCAGGCCUCUUGGAAAGCCUUGCUGGUCAGCAGUGCGUAAAGCGGCCACCCGCAAAGCUGCCAUUGAUGGGUUGCCUCCCUCAGAUUUGGGAGGGCUUGGUGAGAAAGUGGAGAAUCCUAGCAUUUUAAAAAGCAAGAAUUCUAACGUUCCCACUGAAGUUGAACCAGAAGAAACGCCACUAUCGGAGAGCAGCGAAGAUGAAAUUUCGAACUAUUCUUCUCGGGAAUUUCCAAAUAGAGUGUUGCCUCCCUGCAGGCAAAGCGCCAUGGUGCUCGGUCCACCGAGCACCGGAAAGCACGAUGUAGCUACUUAUCUCGCGGACGGUCUCCGAUGUGUGCUAACUCUUGACGAGUGUGUUGAAUGGGUUAUCGGGCUCGCUAGCCAGAAGAAGAAAUUUGCAGGGGCUUCUGGGGAGGAGGCUAGACUUAUUAAGGAGCUGAUUCGGACCCUUGAAGCUCAAGAUGACAACGGAGAUACAACAAUAGGCAGAAAACAUGUCAAGGGGAAGACCAACAAGCAUGAUCGCCGUGGUGAAGGGACUAGCCCAGGGAUUCCUACCCAGUUGCUAGAGGCAGCCGUCAAGCUUCGCGUGUCGCAGCCAGAUUGCUUUGCAGGGACUGUCUUUCGUGUCGAGCCUAGCGCAUACUGCCCGUCACUGGCAGAUGGAGCACUCUCCAUCGCACGCGGUCUGAAGCAGGAAGAUCUGGUGGUUGUCACAAUCAAAUUUGGACAAUCAGAGAAAAGCACUCAAGAUGCAGAAGCAUCACGAAGUUCUGUUUCAGAAGGUGUAGCAUUCUAUCGAGGACGUCUGGCUAAGCAGCUUCAACGAGAACGCGAAAUACUCAGCAUGCUUGCUGCUGCGAAAGGGUCGGAUGGCACUAUUGGCUCAGGCCUUGUGGGAGCAUCCACCACAGCAGAUUCUCAGCAUGAUAUCGCGCUAACUGGCUUGGAAGAAGAAAGCUCUCCAGAGGGAAUGCAGUCAGGUAACAAGUUGGAAUCCUUGAAGCAAGAGCUUCACUCACUACAGCUGUCUCGCCAGAGAGUGGAGGGAUACUUAGGCUCAAACAGAGCAGCUCAAGCAUUCGUGCAAGAGCAAAUUAGUGCAUACUCUUGCGCGGAGACAGAGCUGUUAAAAGAAUAUAGGGCGGAAGCAGAGCUUUCUACAGGCUUGAUGCGCAUGCUUCAAGACGGCAGAGAAGUCAGCCACAGGGUAUCCCAUUGCUGUUACAUACGCAACAUCACCUUCCAUACGUGCUACGCGAAUUCAGCCUUACCCACAGAUUCUCUACUGUCUCAAAUAGAUAAUUUGAGGAAGCCCGUUAUCCCAACCGAACCACCACUUCCGUCGCCUGAAGUAUUUGAAGUUGUCCGCUUCCCGUCUUGUUUACCCGUCAUGGAGCAUUCGGCUCACUUCAUGCUUUUGACCCCUUCGCCAGUAGUGGCCCUGGAAAAGGUAGCAGAGGAAGACUUGAAAAAUAAACCGAAAAGGGCAAAGGAAGGGGCAAUCACUAACAUUUCUCGGCCCAAAAUUCGGCAGGACAGAGGGGGAGAGGAGGAAAGCCUAACUGCGCGAAUGGCCAUAGAGCCAGGCUUUACGAAGGCAACACGGUGGAUAUUAGAGCCUCAAGGAGAGCAACGCUUGAUGCUCAAAUGCUGCUUUGACGAAGAGGGAGAUUUCGCCUGCUCUCUCCGUUUUUCUGGAGUAUAUGACUGGGGGCCGCUUCUUGCUGGGCGUUCGGCAGCACUUGUAAAAUCUCUAUAUUCCAAGAUAUCAACCGCAGAUGAUGUCGAUCGUUUGACGAUCCCGCAAGAGCUCUCAGCUUUUAUGACUUCAUUGAUUUUGCGGAACGGUUCACCUUUCACCAUAAUUGUAAAAGGCAGCUUCGCAGGAGCGUUGGGAGCAGAUGGAGCUUGUGAAUGGGGGAACGGGCGGUUCAUGCCGUGAGAAGUUGCGCGUGGGGUGAACUUGCAUGCCUGUAGAACCGUACUAAUCGAGAAUCCAACUCCCUUCAGCAUACGAUGGAGCUUUGCAAGUCAAGACACAAAUACAAAGUAUUUUACAUUUAGUCCUGAAAGCGGAGAUAUUCUGGGUCCAUCCUCCUCGCAGGCAUUCGAUAUUGUCUACAACGCCCCUAUGAAGCCCUCGACUGUUCAGUGCCGCCUUGUCUUUAAGUGCACUGAUACUGAGGGAGUUUUAAGCGGCUUAGAGCCGAAAUUUCUGACAAUUUCAGCGGAAGCCUUUUAUAUUGAUGCUGGAAUCGAGCUGCCGUCAAAAUCAUGUAUUUUCGAUUUUGGAGAAGUGCAAGCGUGUCAAGAAGCAGAGAUUCCGUUCACAUUAUAUAACAAGGGGAAAUACGCUGUCUGCUUCGAUAUUGAUCCAAAACUGCGGAAUGUUUUGGCGGUAGAUCCUUGUACAGCAGAAGUAAAGCCGGGAGAACAACGCAGAGGCGUGGCUCGUCUCAGCGCUCAGCGAGAAAUUGAAUUGAUGGGCACUGAAGAAAUUGUGGUCAAUGUUAAAGACAGUGAGACUGGAUGCGUGUUAGAGCCCUCUCUACAGCCUCUUCAGGUAAUAGCUAUCGUGGCCUUCAACGAAGUAGCAUUGUCGCCUCCCCUAGGAUUAAAUUUUGGGCCGGUUGAAAGUGGAAUUACAAGCACACUGUAAGUUGAGGUACCCCUCGAGUUGGAGAAUAGAGGACUAUUCUCGUUUGAGUGGUACCUGGUUAAUCAGGAAUUUAUGCUUACUCCUCCAGAUGAAUUCAUCCGGGGCACGGAAGCUCCUCAAAGGGGGGAAAAGCCAAAGGCUGGAAAACUAAAACUUCAAGGUAGAUCCUCGGAAAAAAGCAUUGGGGCAACUCAUGGGCCAUUUAGAAUCGUCCCAGUGCGUGGCCAUCUGGAUCCGGGAACUAAGGCUUCAAUCCAAGUUGAGUAUACCGCCCAAGGGGACGCAUCACAUGCACUCAACUUAGCGCUACUAGUUAACGGCGUAAGGAUAGGGCAGGGCGAUGAUAUGCUCGUGAGCUCAAUCGGCCCCAUCGCAGCCUUUUUUGCCGAUCCUUCGAUGGCUGUAGAUUCUGACAGUCAUAAGCUGAUCCGACCGGCGGCAACAUAUUUUCUCCAGGGACAAAGUAGUAUUCCAUGCAUCAGCCUCGAGCAACCUAUUUUGGAAGAUUCACCAUUUGAUGUGCAACCGAAGCGCAUAGUUGUGGCUUCUCGCGAUUAUGCAUAUGCGACGUUGAGCUUCAAGCCUACAGCCUUACAAUCUUACAGCUCCUACCUCCGAAUAUCAAUAGAAAAAACUGCAAACCCUUUAAGCGGGCAAGCGCAGUUUGAGUUGCGCGGCGAAGGCACCCUUCCAAGCAUUACGCUAGCAUUUCCAUCAUUUGGUUCUCCGAAAGGCGCAAAGACAAGAAGCCACUUGCCAUUCUUCGAUUUUGGGCGUGUUGCUAUCUCGCGCCCGUUGACCGUCCCGGUGUCCCUAAAGAAUGAAGGAGUAGUUCCUGCCACAGCUCGCGUGCAGCUGCCAAUAAAUCCCUCGAUCGAGUUUAAUUUGCCAUCCUCGUUGACGCUGAAACCUAAAGAAGAACGCACUUAUGCUUUGACCUACCGGCCUCGAGCACCAGGCGAACUGGACUACAAAUUUCGCAUGUCGACUCAUUCUAAUCCUUUUGAGAACAUGGAUGUACAGCUAAAAGGAUAUGCUUUUGCAGAGCAGCUUGCUUGGUCGCUAGCCGCUGCACCGAACACCAAUGGCAUGCAGCACUGUGGUGGUGAAUUGAUUGACACAAACCACCUUAUACUGAAGGAAGUACCACUGGGUGGCGCGCUUGCACAGGCCCUAGCCAUUAACAACGUAUCAGCUCAGGUCGUUUCAUUUGAGUUGAAUAUGGAAUCUAUCGGGCAAUUUAAAGAUGUCCUAGCCAUCACUCCCGCAUCCGGAACAAUUGCGCCAAGUGGAACUUGCAUCAUUAAUCUCUUGUUUAAGGCGGAGGUCCCCGUAAACAUAAACCACCAUGAGAUUUCCUUCACCACCUCAUUUUUCCAAGGGUCUGACGACUUCUCAAUCAUUUCCAAGGAGCAAUCAAGGCCCAAAGCAAAACUGAAAAGCAAGCAAUGGGAUGCAAAAAUGGAUGGAACCACAGCAGAUAAAUUGGAUAUGCAGGCACCAGAACCUUUGGUGCUUUUCCUCUCUGCUGCAAGUGAUAUUCGCCGUUGUGAACUUAGCAUUUCAAGCAUCGACUUCGAAGCUACAGUACUCAUGAAAUCUCGCGUGUUUUCGUUUACACUUCACAACACAUCUUUGGUCUCUCUGCCAUUCGAACUUUUCUUCGAGAGGGAGAAGGAGCGCGAUAAUCCAUGCUUUUACCACUUGAACCCUUCCUCCGGUUGUAUUCCGAGCGAAAGGCAUCAAGAAGUGCGAAUAACCUUUUCUCCUCAAGAUAUUACAGACUUCAGCAGAAAUCUUGUGUGCUGCUUUCCAAAUCUAGAUCAUGGCUCUACAUCAAUUUCAGUGCCGGUAUCUGCCAGCGGGAUUCGGCCAAUAUGUCACCUUGAAAUACCUCCAACGGACUAUUUCGAGAGGCAUCCACAGAACUCGAUUUUGUCCCUCGAUAGCCAUGUUGCAGUUCUUGAAGUCGGGGGAGUAGGAGUGGGUAUUCGUCAUACACGUCGAUUUCACGUGCAUAACCCCACUGCCACUGACAUCGAUUUUGAGUGCGAGCCUGUAGAUGUCCCAGAUGAAAGCACAAACGCUGUAAGGGCUGAAAGUCUAGUAGCUCAGCCAACCCAACUGGAAUCAGUAAGCUCGGAGCUCAGAAUAACACCGCAUGCAGGCACAGUCGGUCCUGAAAGCUCACAACUGGUCAAGAUCCGUCUGACGGCAAUAGAACAAAGGACUAUCAGCAUCAGCAUCCCCUGCAAAGUUGAGCAAAAGUUCAGAAGUCUACGGCUAGACAUCAAAGGAGAGGGCUAUUAUCUAAUGCCUUCCCUCAAACUUGUGGAUAAGGAGACAGAGCGUACCCUUCAAAGUGCAUCAGAAAGUUACGACUUUGGCUGCCUUCCAGUAGGGCAGAGCAAGCAGGUAGUGUUGAAGCUGGGCAAUACAGGCAAGUACGACUUUACCUUCAAAUGGAUAAUGAAAGAUCUUGGAAAUGAUGGCAGUGGUGGAUGCAUAUCAAUUCAACCUACAGCGGGUGAGGCUCCAAAGAUCUCUUUCUCUUUUAAGGCGUACGACUUUGGGGCACUGCUUGUUCCGGAAGCAGCAGAUACCCUUUACGACGACAAGGCUGGUACACCCCAAAUAUCGUCUAGAGCAACGUUAAAAAUAACGAAUACAGACCUGUACCACGAGUGCUCGAUCUCUUCCUCAUUGUCUCCAGCAGCUGGGUUUGAUUUCCAGCCACUGCAAGUCAGCCUCUCGCCUCAAGAGGUCCUUGAAGUACCUAUAAUUUUUAAACCUCGGGAAGCCAAGCAAUAUACUGCUAAAAUCCCCUUCUUUGCCAACAGCCACCCAGCUGUCACUUUGCAGCUCUCUGGCAGAGGAGUCCCUCUCAGACUAGAAGCCCAAAAUACAGAUGCUGGAAACGUAAAGCUUCAACCAGUGCUGCGUGGCAAAGGCUCAUCUUCUUGCAUCCGCAUUAUUAAUCACUCAGAAAGGAAACUUUCUUUUUACCUGCAAAGCCCAGAGGAGGCGCUCAGCAAGAAAGGCGUUAGCUGGCUGCCACAAUCCUCGCCGUCAUCCAUGAUCGAACUGCUUCCCAAGAAAAGCGUUGGAGUUAAAAUAUUCUUUCGUCCUUGUGCACCAAGCAAGGAGUUUCAGCUUCCUUUGAUUGCUCGAUGCACUAUUGACAGCGCAUGUGGGCCUCAGGUAGUUCCAGUGUUUUUGUGUAUGAUAUCGGGAAAAUGCUUUGAAACCGAGCUGCGUCUUAGGCCACCAUCAGUGGCAUUUGGCCCUGUUGUUGUUGGCUCGUGGGCAUCCAAAGACAUAUUGCUGUCGAACAUUGGAGAGCUGCCGAUGAAUUUUCGAUUUGCAAAUUCGGAGAUGCAUCCGGGUUUGGUAUCCUUCACCCCUUCUCAGGGGAUAUUACAGCCUCAAGCAAACCUUCCUGUCAAAGUGACUUUCCGUCCUGCAAAGCUUACUAGCGAACUGGACAUUGAAGACAUUGUCUGUUUCGGUAGCACCACAUCUGGGCCACAGGAACCACCAACAGAAGUGGCACGUUUGCAAGUUACUGUUACUGGGCAGGGCGUUUCUCUGUCAGAUGAUGCAGUUCAUUUUCUCAGGUUUCUCACAAGCCCUCCUGGGCCUAUCACAAUUCCUCCACUACAAAAAGUGGCUCUCUCGCUUACGUACUAUCCUCUUACCAUGACACAAGAACCUGGAGGGCAUGCAAAGGCCAGUAUAAAAGGAACACCCCAGCUGCUCCCACCCCAGCACUUAGCUAACGUGUUCUGCGCCCUGCCGGAUGGAGAAGGUUGUUGCAUCAGGUUGGUCGGCACUGCUUUGGAGCCUGCCGUGGAACAAGUAGUUGAGGCAGUUGCAACAUGCAAGCAGCAAUCCGUUGUGAAUAUCAGGAUCCAAAACUGGAUAGACUCAAAACAAAGGCUCAAUGCAUCUUUUACAAUUCUCCAGCCCACAGGAGUCCACUGCAUUCAGGUUGAGGCUCCCUCCUAUCUAGAUAUCCCAGGUGGACAGGUGCGAGAGUACCGCUUUUCUGUUUUCGCACUAAAACCCUGCAACGCGGUACUUAGAUUUCGCUUCACAAAUCCCGCAACUGGGGACUUUACCGUUGCAGAAGCCAAGAUCCAGUUUAUCGAAGGAGAGAGCAUGGGAACUAUUCACUUUGAAGGAUUUACGCGGCAACUUUUCCGUCACAGACUAGAAAUCCAGAAUACGUCUGGCAAGCGAGCAAGCAUUCAAUGUGCCUCAACUCACCAAGAAGUCAGUUUCCUCCCCCAAUCGGUUUUCAUAUCUCCUCAUACAACAGGUGUGCUGGAUGUUUUGAUGAGACCAACGACGCCAGGAUGUGGAGAUGCAAAUGUUGUCCUAAGUAGCGAAGAGCUAGGGUUAUUCAAGUACCUAGUGAAGUACGACAUACGAAGUCCAGGCAUAGAGAAACGGAUUACCAUCUCCGCAGCUCUGGGCAGGGAGGCACACCAAUGCGUUCGUUUACUGCAUUUUGGCAAAAAAGCAAUGACGUACCAGCUAAGUUUGGAAUUGCCAGCAGAACCGUCAACUUACCAAAAAAUAUCAAGCCUCGCAGACGUCUUUUCCUUUGAAAGCAAGGGAAUACACGUUCCAGCCGACAAUGAUGGUCAAGGAGUCGAAAUGUGCAUUCCCGUUAAAUUUACUCCUUCAAGACUGCAAGAUAUCAGGGCUAUUCUUUGCGUUCGUGGCUCUGAUGGGCAAGAAUACAAGGUCCUACUUGUUGGACGCGUAACAGCUCCAGAGGCCCAGGGGCCUCUGAAAGUGACAAAGGGCAAAGGACUUCCAAUUGACUUCAAGAACCCCAUGGAUUCAACUAUGGAGUUUACCGCCCAAGUCGACCAAAAGGAAUUUGCGCUAGAUAAAAAAUUUUUUCGUUUAGAUGCCAAAAAAUCCACCACACUCACCGUGACACUAAAAAAUGAGACAGGGGCGGCUGGCAGGGUGCUGAUCACCGCUGAGGGCUUUCCGCCGUGGAUAAUCUACAUCAAAGCUGACUGA